AUGUGGACGAACGCGGAAUCACAGCAGAUGAUCUUACUACACACCUACUCAAGAUUAUACCCAGGAGAGUUCGGCCCCGUAUCUCAGUUUGGCCACAUAAUCCCAGCGUAUAAGCUGGAUGGAGCUUUCAUUGAGCUCGAAAUAUUCGACCAACAGAACUGGCCUCAGAGACCCCAAUAUAACAUACAAAAUGCAAGCCGACGGUCACUUAAUAUUAAUGGCUAUAUAGUCAAGACGUUCAGCCCAGAAUGGAUUCUACGCGAGAAGAUCCUAUCUCAGCAUCAACGCCAGGGAAAUAAAGCAGAUGUCGAUAUUCGCGAUGCUAUUCAGAUACUAUUUAUUACUACCCCUGGUAAACCAGAGUUGGAUUUCGAUAGCGACCUCUCGUUGGCCGAGGCCCUGCUUACUCUCAUACGAAAGAGACCAGAUCAAGAACGAUCUUUUGAGGCAGAAAAUACGAUGCAGUGCCGUUUUUGGGAAUUAGAUGAUUCGACAUGUACAGUGGUGGGACCAUAUAUCUUGCGUGUUGUGAUUUGA